GUUAUUGUAUCGGUAGAUGAACCACCGUCUUGCUUGAAAGGAACUCAACUGUACGAUCAACUUCAAACAGACAUGCAUCUUUAUAAUCUCACUUUGCAAGGUCAAACUGCUAUAAAUCAAGCUGUCCAUGGGAAUUUUUCCGGAACACCGAAAGCACAGGAGAUUUGUGUUGGAAGAGGCUCGACUUUGCAGCUGCUUUUCUGUGAUCCAACCACAGGAAAGAUAAAAGUAUUGUGCAGUCAUGAAGUAUUUGGCAUCAUCCGCUCGCUUAUGCCAUUCCGAUUGACUGGUGGUACAAAAGAUUACAUCGCAGUCGGCUCUGACUCUGGUCGUAUUGUUGUGCUUGAAUACUCUUCUGAAAAGAAUUCUUUUCUUCGUGUGCAUCAGGAAACCUUCGGUAAAACAGGAUGCCGCCGAAUUGUUCCUGGGCAUUACCUUGCCGCAGAUCCAAAGGGAAGAGCUAUUAUGAUCGGAGCUAUUGAGCGUCAGAAAUUGGUUUAUAUAAUGAAUCGUGACGCUGAGGCUCGUCUAACAAUCUCAUCGCCUCUUGAAGCGCACAAGCAGUACACGUUGUGCUACGGAAUGGUGGGGAUUGAUGUAGGAUUCGAAAAUCCGACGUUUGCUUGUCUUGAAUUCGAUUACGAGGAUGCUGAGCAUGAUCCCACUGGUGAAGCUCUUCAAUCCACCAAGCAAACACUGACCUUCUAUGAGCUCGAUCUCGGUUUAAAUCAUGUCGUGAGGAAAUAUGCAGAACCUCUUGAUGACAAAGCAACUAUGAUUAUUGCAGUGCCUGGAGGUAAUGAAGGGCCAUCCGGCGUUAUUUUGUGCUGCGAGAACUAUCUCAUUUACAAAAACUUGGGUGAACAACCGGACAUAAGAUGUCCAAUACCACGCAGAAGGAAUGAUCUUGAUGACCCGGACCGGUCGCUUAUGAUCAUUUGCGCUGCAACUCACAAGACAAAGCUGUUGUACUUCUUCCUUCUACAGACUGAACAAGGAGAUCUUUUCAAGGUAACACUUGAAACAGAUGAGGAUCUGGUGACAGAAAUGAAGGUGAAGUAUUUCGAUACAGUGCCUGCAGCGAAUGCCAUGUGCAUUUUGAAAACUGGAUUCCUGUUCGUUGCCAGUGAAUUCGGAGAUCACCAUCUAUAUCAAAUUGCGAAUCUCGGUGAUGAUCCAGAAGAACCAGAAUUUUCAUCGAAAAUGCACCUAGAUGAAGGCGAAACGUUUUUCUACGGUAUUCGAGAGCUGAAAAGUCUUGUUCCAAUAGAUCGCAUAGACAGUUUGUGUCCGUUCACUGAUGCAUAUAUUGGUGAUUUGGCGCAUGAGGAUGCACCACAAAUAUACGCGUUGGUUGGUAGAGGUGCUCGUUCAACACUUCGCGUUUUGAGGAAUGGUUUAGAGGUGGCUGAAAUGGCCGUCUCUGAACUUCCUGGUAAUCCCAAUGCAGUAUGGACUGUCAAGAAGAAUGUUGAUGAUAAACAUGACGCAUACAUCGUGGUAUCAUUCGUGAACGCCACACUGGUGCUGGCUAUUGGUGAGACUGUAGAAGAAGCCAAUGAUUCUGGUUUCAUGGCCACAACCCCCACUCUUGGAUGUGGUAUCAUCGGUGAUGAUUCUCUGCUUCAGAUAUAUCCAGAGGGUAUUCGUCACAUUCGUUCUGAUCGUCGUGUAAACGAGUGGAAGACGCCUGGGAAACGACAGAUUGUAAAAUGUGCGAUGAACAGGCGGCAGGUGGCUGUGGCUUUGGCUGGUGGUGAACUUGUGUAUUUCGAACUCGACCCGACUGGGCAGCUGAAUGAAUUUACCGAGCGAACAUCUUGGCCUCAUGAAGUGCUUUGCAUGAGUUUGAGUGAGAUACCAGAAGGUGAACUGCGCUCUCGUUUCCUUACUGUCGGCAUUGCUGAUAGUACUGUUCGAGUGAUUUCCUUGGAUCCGCAGGAUACAUUGAGUCCGCUGAGUAUGCAAGCCCUUCCGUCUCAACCUGAAUCACUUCUUCUGUUGGAGACAACGAGUGAAGAUAGUAAAGGAUCUUCUACGAUCCAUCUUAACAUUGGUCUUCAGAACGGCUGUUUGUUACGUACUACCGUUGAUAACGUCACUGGAGAUAUGAUGGAUACCCGUACAAGAUACCUCGGAACGAGGCCUGUUCGAGUGUUUAGAGUGCGCAGUCAAAACAGGGACGCCGUUCUCUGCACGUCUUCUCGUUCUUGGUUGCUGUACCACUACCAGAAUCGUUUCCAUCUAACUCCAUUGAGCUAUGUGACAUUAGAAUCUGCCUCGAGCUUUAGUUCCGAGCAAUGCUUGGAAGGUAUUGUAGCUAUUGCCGAGAAUACAUUGAGGAUUAUGGCCGUGGAAAAACUUGGAGCUUCCUUCAACCACAUAUCAUAUCCUCUUAAAUUUACUCCACGGCGAAUGAUUGUUCAUCCUAGUGCGACUUCACUUAUGAUGAUCGAAACUGAUCAUGCUGCUUACACAACAAUCACGUUGGAUCGAAAACGAAACGAUAUGGCUGAUGACAUUGUUCGUCUUGCAAAUGAUAUGGAAGAAGUCGAACUGGCGAAGGAAAUCGCUGACGUUUUACGAAACAAUCGACCGGACGAAACGGUCUAUGGUGCUGCUAAAGCUGCUCCAGGUAAAUGGGCAUCCGCUGUUCGCCUUUUGAAUGUGAAAAGUGGAGAGGUUUUGUCCUUAUUUGAGCUACCUCAAGAUGAAGCAGCGAAAUGCAUUGCUCUCGUACAAUUUGCAACGCACCAAGAUACGUUGAUGGCUCUAGUCGGAUGUACAAUCGCUCAAAGACUGGAUCAGGUUUAUAAGUUGUGCUUAUUGUCCAGAAUUGGUCUCAUUAUUUGUUUUCUGUUCAAGGUCGCUAGAAGUACGAGAGGUUGCAUCUAUACGUUCCUUCUGACGGCAGCUGGUGACCGCUUUGAGCUCAUUCACCGUACGGAGACCCCAUAUCCAGUAAACGCUAUUCAUGAUUUCCGAGGUUCGGCUCUUGUUGGCAUGUCGAAUCAUUUGCGUCUUUACGAAUUCGGAAAGAAGAAAUUGUUGGCGAAGUGUGAGAAUAAGGUUCGUGGCAUUGUUUCACUGCACCACAUGUUUCGUUUUGUUUCGAUAGUCGAAGAUUCUAAGAGAAUAGCAGUGAGUAGUGAGAGAGUAGCGUUCAGAGAUGCGUGGUAA